AUGAUUUUGGCUUCAGCUUUUGUUAAAAUUGAUGAUAUUGACAAUAGUAUAAACUUAUUAUAUGAUGAAUUUCCUGAAGAAAUAUUUCCUCUCUUAGAAUGGUUUGAAGAAAAUUAUAUCAGUACGGAUAUAAGAAAUCGUUGUCGAAGCCAACGUUAUCCCCCUAUAAUUUGGAACGUUCAUGAACGAGUACUUAAUAAAGAAGAUCGAACAAAUAAUCAUGCAGAAACUGCAAAUCGUCGCCUUAAUCUUCAAAUGGCAGUUGACCAUUUAACACUAUGGGCAUUUAUAUCAUGUUUAAAGAGAAUAUAA